AAUUUCCUCUUGAACUCUCCCAUAAACCCUAUCACCACCAUCACCUCCGCUUCACUGACUUCACUCACUCACUGACCCAUGAACUCGAACCCAACUCACAAACUCAUACCACGCUGCGUUUCAUAGCUCACUCACCUCCCUCUCAAUCUGAAUCAAUUUCAAUCUAAAGCCUAACGCAAAACCUUCACAAUCCUACAAUGACGCUUCACUCAAUCAUAAUCCAAAAGCUUCUGAGCACAAACGCCCACUUGGGUCGGCGCGUGGCGGCCCACCACUUCAAACAGUUCACUUACGGCAACCGUAACGGAAUGGCCAUAAUCGAUUCGGACAAAACCCUAAUUUGUCUCCGAAGCGCCUGCCACUUCAUCUCUCUGUUAGCGCAACGUCAAGCCUCGUUCAUGUUCGUCAACACGAACCCUUUGUUCGACGAAAUCAUAGUCCAAAUGACCAAGAAGAUCGGGUGUUAUAACCCUAAUAUGAACGCGCUGUGCCGAAUGGGGGGAUUUUUGACAAACAGUUUGAGUCCGAAGAAGUUUCGGUCGAGGAACAAGAAGAUUAGGUUCGCGCCCGCGAAGUUGCCGGACUGUGUGGUGGUGUUAGAUACGGAGGGGAAGUCGUCGGUGAUAAUGGAGGCGGCGAAGCUGCAGGUUCCGAUUGUGGGUUUGGUGGAUUCGAGUAUGCCAGGGGAGAUUUACAGCAAGAUAACGUAUCCGAUACCGGGGAAUGAUUCAGUGCAGUUUGUGUAUUUGUUGUGUAAUAUGAUUACUAAGACAUUUUUAGCUGAGCAAAAGAAGUCGGGGUUGUUGAAGAAGGAUAGAGAAAACAUUGAUGGGAAAAAAGGAAAUGGGGAGAAAGUGGGACAAAUUGAAAACAGCGAGAAGAAGAGUGAGAUUGAUAGUUUAAGAGAUGAAGUACUAGUUGUUCCUUAUGACAGCUUAGCACCUAUUUCUGAAGAUACUGUGGAAGUGAAGAUGUUUCUAGACAAGCUAGUGGUGGUAAAGUUCAAUGGAGUUCUGGGAACAAAUAUGGGUUUUGGUGGCCCCAAAUCUGCAAUUGAAGUUCAUGAUAAGUUGACAUUUAUGGAUUUGAUGGUUAAUCAAAUUGAGUCUCUCAAUUCCAAGUUCGGAUGCAAUGUUCCUUUAGUACUUAUGGACACCACUGAAACAAAUAAUGAUACCCAAAAGGUUGUGGAAAAAUAUUCCGCCUCAAAAAUUGAUAUUCAUUCUUUUAGCCAGAAACCAUUAGAAGGACAGACUGGCAAAGAUAAACAGCAUCCUUCUGACCAUGGUGCAGUUUUUCUUUCCCUGAUGAAGAGUGGUACUCUUGAUGUGUUAUUGUCACAGGGUAAGGAGUAUGCCCUUGUGGUUCAUGCAGAUAAUGCAGCAGCUGUUGUUGACCCAAAAAUCUUGAAUCAUUUGAUUCAAAACAAGAUUGAAUACUGCAUGGAGGUGACACCAACCACUUCAAUUGAUUUGAGAAAUAGUAUGAUUAAUUUGCGACAAGGAAAGUAUCAGCUUGUGAAUAUCACUCAAAAUCCUGCUAAACAUUCAGAUGGAAAAUUCAAAUUUAUUGAUACAAGAAACUUGUGGGUGGAUCUGAAAGCUGUCAAAAGGCUUGUAGAUACUGAUGCACUAAAGAUGGAGAGUCUUUCUGCUUCAAAGGAAGAAAAUGGUUAUCAAAUUAAUUUGCAAGACACAGCAGCUGGUUCAGCAAUACGGUUCUUUGAUCACACUAUGAGUAUCAAUGUCCCUCCAUCUCGUUUUCUUCCACUGAAUUCAACAUCAGACUUACUUCUUCUCCAGUCAGAUUUGUACUCCUCUAUUGAUGGAAUCUUAGUUCGAAACAAUGCUAGAAAUAAUCCUUCAAAUCCUUCUAUUGAAUUGGGACCUGAAUUUGAAAAGGUUAGUGACUUCCUAAGUCGCUUCAAGUCCAUUCCUAGCAUCAUCAAGCUCGAUAGCUUGAAGGUGGCAGGUGAUGUCUGGUUUGGGGCUGGUAUAACGCUCAAGGGAAGAGUAAAUAUUGCUGCUAAACCUGGGAUGAAACUGGAAAUUCCUGAUGGUGCAGUGCUCGAAAACAAGGAGAUCAAUGACGUCGCUGACAUUUGAGAAGAAUCUCUUUCAAGCCUUUUGUUGUUCCAUGGUGAUAAAGAAUAUAUCGGA